AUGUUUUGGUCGCUGGAGCAGGUUGAGGGCAUGCUAGGUGUCCUCGAAUCCUCAAAUGACAAAGCAGUUAUCUACAAAUGCCUGGUGAAGCUGCGGACCGAUUUGAUUAAAGAUAAGGAUGGCAUCGUAAUGUUUCGCACAGCAGGCGGAAUUCCAGUGGUCAGCAAACUCAUAACUAAACUCAAUGAAAAGAUAAUGGAAGUUGUUUUAAGCAUAUUGGGUAAUUGCUGUACGGAUGAGCAAGCUUGCAUUGAGGCUGUGGAGUGUAAGGUCAUAGCACCUUUGAUAACUAUACUGAAAACCAUUCCCAAUCCUUUGAUACAAUGUCGCGCCUGCCGUAUGCUCGGUAAUGUGGCCAAGAGCAAAAAGGCCUCCAGCUGUCUGAGUGUACAUUAUAGCGCUAUUGCGCCAGCUAUCUGUCAUAUCAUUGACUCUACGAGCACUGCACAAACCAGAAUAAUGGCUUUUCGCGUUUGUCGCUUUUUGCUGGUCAGCAGUCAGUUCUACAAACACUUUCUAAGCUCUAAUGGAUUUCUGCAGCUCAUGCGCAUUUUUGUGGCAGUCAUGAAAAACAACGAUGCACCCAAGGAGUCCACACAGGACGUUGAAGUCUCAGCACUGAUCGGUCUUAAGCGCAACCAGCAUCGCGAAAAGUAUUUUGAAGAAGUGGCGCGAAAUUUGGAAGGCGUUCGCAGCGAUAUCUUUGACUAUCAAAUGCUAAAGAACUCUACCAGAAAUUGUGAAUAUAUACUGCCAAAGGAAAGCGAAGCUGUUGAGCUGGCCUAUGAGAUUCUAAAAUGUCUAUUGGUUUUGUCGGCGCAGCAAAUUGGUUUUAAGGCAUGGGAGCAUCUUUCACGCAACACUUUUUUAGCUCCCGUAGUGUAUUUUGUUAAGGAGGACAGCGAUCAACGCGCUGCAGCGCUAAAAAUACUGUCCAACUUUUGCAAGGAUCCCUGCGCUUUUUACAUGCUAAGCACCGCGGAUGCCAUUGUGGCUGCGUGUGAGCUGCUCAUGGCUGUCAACAUGGCCAAACCGCUGACGGAGAGCGAGUGUAGGCAUUGUGUCAACAUUAUAUCAACACUUUCAGCCGAUGCUUGCAGUCGCUCCAAAAUUAGACGCUGUGGGGCAUUGCGUAAGCUAGUUGCUAUGAUCCGAGAAUCACACUCGCAAAGCGAACGAUCAUCGCUUUUUCAUAUACUUAACAAUUUUCAAUAUGACAAUUUGAGCAUGGAACUGUUACUAUAUGAGGGCUUGGUGCCCAUGCUGGUACGCGAGCUGAAUGACUACUUGACCAGUGAUGAAGAGCAUCACAAAAAACGACGUGAGGAGCGUAUACAGGGCGGCAAAAAGCGCAAGGCUGAGCCCAUAACAACUGAAACGCUAAGCAAAUUUUCUAAAACGCAGGAUGCGCUUGGCUCAGACUUUGAGUCGCCCAGCAGCUCGCCACGUUCAUAUCGCACGACAAGUCCUUGCAGCUCACGCAGCAUGUCACCGAUUUGCUCGAAUCUCAUAGCUCAUGACGAUGAUGAAAAUUAUUCGCCAGCCUGCAGCGAUGAUGACGAUGAUAGCAAUUGCAGCACUGGCGCCAACAAUGAGACACGUGACUGUCGUAUGGGCAGCACUCGCACGCAUUCCAACAAUGUGUUGGAUUUAUUGAACCAGAUUGAUGAAGCCAGCGAGCACAUUGACGAUGCGUUGUCUGAUAAAGAAGAUAUGGAUGAGCUAAGCUCUGAUGUGCCGCCUAAGAUGGCCCAGCUGCGUUAUCAAGCUGGAGAUACAAUUGACGUGAUUGAAAACUUAAUUUAUAGAAUAACGCUGAUGAUUAACAAGCGACCAGAGUUAGGCAAGCCAGAGACAUUGGAUGCUCUAAUACGUGCGAUUAACUUGUUUGGAGCCAACAACAAUUUUGCCAAUGCCUUAACUAAUAUAUUACUUGAAAGCCAGUUCUUUGCGCAGAUUAUUAAGCAUGGCGUGGUGCAUCAGCUUUACCAAUUAACCAAAGUAGAAGAGAUGCGUAAAGAUGGCUUUGCUUUUUUGGAAACUCUCACUAAUGUGGGCGAAUCUAAUUAUGGCAAAGAGGAGCUUGUGCGUCUCUUGCGCUGCGAUACGGAUAUUAAUGCACAACAGCGUGCAGCAAUAUCUGUAGCUUAUAUCAUCAAAAGCCAUCGCUUGCUUUAUCAGUUUCUGUACGAUGGCAAUGCCUUGACGCUACUCUUCGAUCUGCUACUGCGCAAGCGGACGGACAAUCUUUAUGCGGAUGAGGCAGCUGAUGCGGUGACAGCCAUGUCCCGCUUUACGCUGGGUAUAACGCUACCUGAGGCCGAGCCACCUACUGCCGAUGCAGUCGUUUGCUCCACACAACUAAAUGUGGCUGCCAUGCCGUUGCAUGAGCACUGCGACAUGCACUUUCUGGUGCACAGCGAUGCGAAUUCCGAGGACACGCUCAGCAUUGGCUUCAACAAGCAGCUGCUUUGCGACACCAGUGAGGUUUUUAACAAAAUGUUAAACAGCGAUUUUCGCGAACGCAAAGGCGAGAUACAGCUAAGCGCCUUUACAGCGAGUGGUCUGCGUUACUUUUUGCAUUUGAUCAGCUGCAAUGAGCGGCAUCUAAGCAUGCCCGACUAUUGCGCCCUGCUGCAGGCCUUCGAGAUGUCGCGUGUGUACAUAAUACCUGAGCUGGAGGCGCUGCUUCAUGAGCGACUUAUACAUUUGUUGGAUGCGCACAAUUGCUUGCGCUUGCUUGAGUGGGCGCUCAAGAACUAUCAUGCCGAGUUAACCGAGAUGGCUAUAAGCUAUUAUUUAUGCGCUGCUUUGCCGGCACAGGAUAAGCUUCUGCUGUUUCGCACUGCCGAGGACUCUACUUAUGCCACCGAAUGGUUCCAGCUGCUCAAUGAUGCUGUCUAUGAACGAUGUCGCAGCACAGGCUAUUAGCUAAGUUUAGUUUAUUUAUUUUAGUUUGCAUUUUAGUAACUUAUCUACUUACUACACCUGCCAACUAACUAUGUGAUUGUAGCAUAUGUGUAAUUGAAUUUGUAGUGUCCUUUUAAUGUUUGUGCCAAGUCCAAACGCUGUGUAUUAAAAACAAGCCCAGUUCCAGCUUAAUUUAAUCAAUAAAACUAUUGUACUUU